UUAUUACUUAUAUAAAAAGAGAAAAAAUGGUGAAUGGCAAAGUUGGUGAUUAAUUGCGAUGGAAGGGCAUUUGUAAGAGAUGAGAUGAGAUGACGUAUAUAUAGUAUAUAGUGUAUAGAAAUGAAUGAGUAGGAAAUAGGAAUGGCGAAUCAAUUGGGAAAUCUUGUGGAAUCCAUAAAAUCAAAGGUUGGGUUCCUGAAGAAGACAAAGAAGGCGUAUCUGAAGAUGGACAAGAGUGCGAGCGUGAAAGUGGAGAUUCGCAGCAGAAAAGCUCGCAAACUUAUUGACAAGACUUUGAAGGCUGCUGAUACUCCCGCCAACCGCACCCUCUCCUAGUUUUACUUUUACUUACUUUCAAUCUCAAUUCUCAAUUCUCAAUUCUCAAUUCUCAAUUCUCAACCAACAUGUGUAUACUUUUUUAAUCUUAUGUGCAUGCCUCUUUCUUUCCUUUUCUAUUAUUGUUAAUUAAAUUAUGCGAUUGUGAUUGUUUAGGCGAAGAAAGAGUUAGCUUUUGGGAAUUGGGAAUUGGGAGAGACGUAGAAUGUAUUCGCGCUUCUUUACACCUUUUUUUAUUCCACCGCCCAACUCUGUUCA